CACUUAUUAUGCUUCGAUUCACUGAUCAUAAAUCAUGUCACAAAUAUAUAUCAAGUCCCAUAUAGAAUCUUAUGUCAAGAUUUGUCAAUAACGAUACUUAAUUUUUUUGUCUUAUACAAUAUAUGUCAUUCAAUGAAUCUCGAGUUUGGGCGAACUCUCAACCAAUGAUGUUGCUCAGAUGAUGACAACUUAGUUAGAAUUUUUUUAUAAAGGUACUUCAAUAUUACAUAAAUUUGGUCAUCCCAAUUGAAAGUUUACUGUCUUAGUGUAAGAUCAUAUUUGUCUAUCAAGACACUCAAUUUAAUAUCUUAUACAAUAUGUACGAAUUGUUAAUUCCUGAAGUUUAAUAUAGACUCACCCUCAACUCAUGGUCGUUGUGUAUAUGUUGGUUUAGAAUCUCGAUCCAAGAUACUCACACACUGUCGAGGGUUCUAAUCUUAACAUGAUCCAUUGUUGUCUAACUUAUCAAAUAUGCAUUUGCUAAAAUUUAUUUAUCUUUGGUGUUUGUUUUGAGAUAAAAAUUCCAUUAUUUAUACUAAUAUCUUCAUUUUGUUGGUGUAAUGCCACAUCUAUUGUCAAUAUCUAAGCAUGAUCUUAUACUCUAAGUAAGAAAACGCUAUUUGGACCACGAAUUAACCGGAUUUGUGGGCAUGAUACUAUACCCUAACCCUUGAUGAGUGAACCCUAGGUCUUAGUUAUCUAAAUCAUUGAGCUUAACCCCUAAGAUUGUGCAUGUAAUUUGUUGCAUAGAUUUUAACGAAUCAUGCCCAUUGAUUUUUGUUUAUAAUUAAAUUGAUCUUAGGUAUGAGAUUUAUAAAUUUAAGGCCUAGAUUUUAAUCUUUAAGGGUUUGAGAAUAAUACCAUAUGCAACUCCAGUCAAUUCAAGAUCUACAUAUCAUUUUCUUACUCAAUGUAUGUCAUAAUAUACAUAUAUAAAUAUAAAGAGUUUAAUGUAUUUUUAAGUGUAAUUAACACCUUUAUUUGACCGAAAUAUCUAAUUUGUUAAGAAAAAUAAGGGGAAGUAUGAACAAAUGUAAGAGAAAAUAAGGUAUGGAAGCAUGCAUUAUAAGAGAUAAGAAAAGUUGUCUUUCUUUAUCGUCUUCAUUUGUACAAUCAGGUACUAUAUCAUGGCUUCGUCAAGUUUCUAUUAAAAUGAAAAAAAAAACUUUUGAACCAUUUUGCAAUUUAAUACUUGUUUUCAUUGAUAGAUACAAACAUUAGAAAAAGAUAGUGUUUCAUAACCAAAACAUAGAAUUAUAUAGUUGGUUUUUCAAAUUCAAUUGAUUAUUAAAUGUUGAUUAUCUAAAAAUCCUUCAUUAUAUUUUGUUUUAUUGAUUCUUAAAUGUUGAUUAUCUAAACUUCCUUCAUUAUAUUUUGUUUUUAAAAAUUUUUAUUACUUUUAUGUGUGUUUAAUUUAUUUUUUUAUCGAAAUAUAACAUAUGUUAAGUUCUAAUAAAAAGAAAAACAAUUAAUUGAUCAGAUUUAAUCAAAUAUAUUUUUUGAAGCAUUACAAUAUAUGUCACUCUUCAAAUAUAAGUAUACUGUUGCUUCACAUAUAUAUUGAAAAAUACAAUUAUUGAAUAAAAAAGAAAAUAUUAAAAGAAGAUAGAGAUAGCUACAUAAAUGAUCAUUAAAAUAAAAAUAAAAUAUUAAAAAAAGAUAGAUAUAGCUACAUUGAUUGAUCAUUAACUAACUUUUUUGUUUGUAAAAAAAGUGUCCACCAUGGCACCUUGUAAAAUCUCCAAAUGCUUAUGUGGCAACAAACUACUUUUGAAUUGCUAUAAUAUUAUGUAUGUAUAGAUAUAUAUAUAUAUUUUAAAAGUAAAUCACCAACAAUACGAUACAUUUGAGAUUAGAAGAUACAUAUCAGAUACUUGGAUGCAUUCUCAACUUCAAUAGAGUAAUCUAAUUCACCAGCUAGGCUUUUCCCAAAUUCAUUAGCAUAGAGGGAAAAGUGGCUUAUUAUUAAAAUUCAUGUUUACGAACUUAUUAUUAAGAUGCUAUAAGUUGUUCUACUUUAGGCAUGAAUCGCAUGUAUUUAUUAACUUAUCUGUGCAUUCAUAUUUUGCAUAGCAUAUGUCCUACUUAAUAGAUUUUUAGUUAUUUUUCAGUAUGCGUAAAAACUUACGCUUUGAUUCUACGCUUUACGAUUUUAUCCAUUUUCCGCUUCUAGGUAGAAUCGCGCUUUUGACUGCAUUGAUACUAAUCAAAGCAUAGAUGGUUGAUCAACCCUCAUACUCGCGUAGCAUCAAUGGGGUAUCCCUAGAUGAUAAUUUAUUGACAACCUAGGAAAUACUAUGCACAAUGCAUAUAGUAGCAUACAAUAAAAUUAUAAGCAUUGAUGAUACAAGAGCAUUUAUACUGUAGAAACAUCCUAAUACAAUCAAUUUUGACUAACUACAUAGAGGAAAAGAUAGGUACUACCAUUGAUGAUGACAACAUCUUAGCUUCAUCUCUACUUUGACUAGGCUAUCACUCAAGUAGAGUGUUAUAGAGAGUUUCUGUGUUUGUGCAACCUUACUAAGCUAAUGAAUCAUGCCCUAUAUUUAUAGUGGAAGAUCUUGGCCUAAAAAGACCUAAACAUACUAGGAAAGAGUCUCCUAAACCUAGUAGACUAAGGAAACUUCUUUAACAAGACAAGGGAGAAGCGGCGACAUCGAGGCAAUUGUACAUGUUGCUCUUUUCUUCAUGGGCUGGGCUUCCUGGUCCAUGGACUUCCUCUCCUGAUGAUUUGGUUGCAACUUAUGAUGUUUCACGUAGAGGCGGUUGGGCCAGCUACUUGGGCCGCCGUCUGUUCUUUUAUUCUAAUGGGUCGAGUCUACUUUUUAUGAGCUCGUCUUAUGAUAAUGUAGCAACUUGUAGUUGACUUCCCAGUCAUUGGACCUCGUAUUUCUAGUGAAAAAUCCUUAAUCUUCUCUUCAUAUCUUAUUUGGUCUUCCAGAGUUCUUCAAUGCUUGAUUAAAUCAUCCUAAGGUUGCUUUGUACCAUCAAAACCAUCAUAAAUAUACAAAAAAGACAUCAAAUAGUACAAGAACUUUUUCCCCAAUUGAGCUCUCUCUCUCUCUCUCUCUCUCUCUCUCUCCCUCCCUAGGAAUCAGCGAUUGCGGCGUUCGUCUCCAUCGGAGUCGUCUUCAUUGAUUCUUCGUUGGUUCUUUGCCAAUCCUUGUCGAUUCAUUCUCUCGCCAUUGUUGAGCUAUCAAUCUGCACGUCAGAAUGAGUUCGUUGUCGAGCCGUUCGUGGGCGGAGCUCUUCGGUAUUGCUGAGAAGAAUUGCUAGGUGUAUGUGGAACCAGAAAUUGUGGACAGGGGGCUUCGUAUAUCAGCGGAAAUCGAGGAUGAGGGAUUUCUCGAUGGAAGCAUUGCUUGGUAGGUCAAUUUCUCUGGGUGAAGAAAGGAGCGAUUAGGGUUUCUUGGUUAGGGGAGCGACUCUUACAUUUCCAAUUACCAACUGCUGAGACUGCACGCUAGGCCUUCUCAAGCGGUCCUUGGCAUAUGAGGAGCGAUAUGUGCUAUCUUAGCAAGUGGGAACCAGGUAUCCGAGCUGAGCAACCACGGCAGACAAUUCCGAUCUGGGUUAGAUUUCUGGAUUUGCCCCUUGAACAUGGAAUGGGUCGUAUUCUUACGCGUUUGGCAAGUAUGAUUGGCAAACCACUUUGGUUCGACAAAUCUACUCGGCUAGACCAAAGAUUGGGAUAUCCUCGUGUUUGUAUGGAAAUGGGGAUUGAUUCAGAAUUCCAGGAUUUCUUGCAUCUUGUCCCGGAUCGAAGACCGGCGUACAAUGUUCAUAUCGAAUUAUGCAACAAGCCAGCAAUAUGUGCCAAAUGUUGCAAGUUUGGACAUAACUGUGAGGAGAUUCAGGAUGAGAAGCAUGACACAGGGUCGGUUGUCGAGGUGGUUCAAGAGUUAUUGCAAGUUGAGAGUGAGGGAAUUUAGGAAGUGUCAGAAGUAGUGAGGCAGAAUGAAGGGGAACUUGUAAUUCAAGAGGGCUUGCUCCCAAAUGCUGAAGGGAAUAGGACUGAGAAGGAGGGUUGAUUCUAAAUUCUGUUGCUGAGGGGAACAUACCUGAGCAUGAGGGAUUACAAAGAGCUAUGGUUAACCUUGUAACUUCUCUGUCUGAAUCUGCUCAUUGGAAGGGGUGUCUUCCAUCAGAAAAGGAAUUUCAGCAAUCUGUAACAACCAAUGAAAUGGUAACUCAUGGAAAUUCUUUUGAUGCUCUCUCUUCUUUAACUCAGCUUGAGGUAGGAGAGUUUGUGGUAUCUCCCUUGAGUAUCCUAUCAAUUUCCUCGAGCUGGGCUAGGAAGUUCAACAGAAGAAAAAAGGUAAACCUGGUCGGCCUCCGAAAGGGGCGAAACACCUCACAAAGUCAUGAAUGUGUUAGUGUGGAAUAUGAGGGGAUUUAAUAACCCUGCUAAGCAAGAUAAUAUAUUAGAGUCUAUUAGUAGAUACAAGGUGGAGUUAGUGGCUAUACUAGAAUCAAGAGUCAGCUCAUACAAAGUAGAGAAAAUAAUAGCAAAAAAGUUUGAAGGGUGGGAACAUAAAGAGACCUAUUCAACUGUUGGAGUGGGAAGAAUAUGGGUACUAUGGCAAAAAGGGUUAAAGUUCAGUGUAGUAGAGAGCAGUAGUGACUAUGUACAUGGAGUCCAUCAAGAGGGCACUCCAACUCAGUUCACUUUUGUCUAUGGUUCUAAUGAAGUAGCCGAGAGGAAGCAAGUGUACCAAGAGUUAUCUGGAAAAGUGGAUUUAUCACUUCCAUGGAUUGUGGCAGGCGAUUUCAAUGCUAUAGUGGAUAUAAGUGAAGCCUCAAACUCAGGGGGGGCUAGGAGAAAGUGCAGUGAAUUUCAAAGAUUGGAUUGAUGCGAUGAAACUAUUGGAUCACAAAGUAUUGGGACCAUGGUAUACCUGGUCUAAUAAACACGCUGCAAAUCCAAUAGACAAGCGUUUGGAUCGUGCACUUGUUUCAAAAAGAUGGUUAGAGGCUUUUCCAAGAAGUUCAGUGAAGAUUCUGUUUCCUGGACUCUCAGACCAUUGUGGUCUCUUGAUAAGUUUGGAUUCAAAGGUUCAAACUUUACCUCGAACUUUCAAAUAUUUCAACUUUUGGAAAUUUCAACCUCAAUAUGACAGUUUGGUGAAAGAGGGAUGGGUUUGCUCUGCAACAGGCUCUGCAAUGUCUAUAUUGUAUCAGAAGUUACGCAGUAUCAAAGGGAGGCUUAAGGGUCUUAAUCGAGAUCAUUACUCGGAUAUUCAUUCAAAAGUAGUUACAGCUAGGAAAGAACUUACUCAGGCACAACAAGAAGUGUUGGAGCCCCCUGCCUCCUCAACCUACUAGGCUGAGCAGAGGUGUAUGGUCCAACUUCUUGAGUAGCAGAACGCAGAGAAAUCUUUCCUUAGAAAAAAAUCCAAACAUCAAUGGAUUAACAGUGGGGAUAUAAACUCCAGGUUCUUUCACAGUAUGAUUGAUAACGAUGUAAUUGCACAUGUUUGCGCCCCUAGUUCUUAUCCGUUUGAGGGGCAUAUUCGUGUGUUGUGGCCUAUUUUAUGCUAGGUUGUGUUCCUUUGUCCCAUUUCAGGUCCUAGCACAUAAAGUGAAGCAUAGGCGCAAGUUUCAAGUCAAUCAGAGAUCAAUUGACGAUUCAAGAGAAGAAACUCGGGCAUGACCUGAAGAAGAAUGGAUUUCUACCUCACUUUAUGGACAAAGAAUCAUGCAAGCUUGUUAUGAAACGAAAGAGGACGAGACUACGAGCGUCUGGGAUCAAACGGCGACUGAUUCGGAGUCCGGACGAGGGAGAAACGAAGCAUUAAACAGAGGCUGAGCAAGCUGCACGGGCAGACCAGCGUGGCCACGCAUGGCCGUGCAAGUGACCAGUUUGGCCGUGCGGGAUUGUGCGUGGGCACGCACGGGCACAAGUGAAAUCCGCACGGCCGUGCAACAUACAAUUCUGGCCGUGCGAGUUGGCUGAGGUUCAACUAAUUGAUACGCCGCGUUUUGAGGUGCACGGCCAGAAUGGUGAUGUGCACGGCCGUGCACCCUGGCCGUGCGAGUCGGGAAUGGCUGUUUUUAACUCAAAUUCGAGCCAAAGGAGAGGGAGAGCUGGGUUUUGGAUCCCAAACACCCAAGGGACGAACCCUAGAGAGAGAGAGCGACUUGGGAACAUUCUUGGAGCUAUUUUGGAGGAUUUCUUCGCCAUUGGAGCUCGGGAAUCAAGCUUGGAGAUGGAGAUUGAAGAUCUAGAUCAGAUUUCUGCAGUCUCUCUCUUCUCUAUGGAGUAACUUCCCUUCACUUAGGUUUUGAGGAACCCUAGUUCCAUGAGUUAGGAUCUUUCUUGUAUGAAGUUUUGGAUGCUAUAUUGUUUGAUUAUAAUCGAAUGAUGCAUGUUUAUUGAGUCAAUUGAAGUCUGAUCAACUUUUCCUGAUUCCUGCUGCAAUCUGAGAUAGAUAGAAUCUGAUUAGGUUGCUAGAGUCUCAUCAUUCGGUAGUAGGAGAUCGGCUAUACGAGAGUUAGCCAGUUUACUGCUUUGUACUGGAAUCCAAUUCCAGUAGUGGAGUUCUGUGCUUAUUGCUUCAGCUUUCUAUCCCGGUGAAGACUAGUCGUCUGCCGGAUAGUUAGACUGAGAGGGCUUGGUCAGCUUAAGAGAUUCCAAGCUACUGUCGGAUCUUCCGCAGUUUAAUCAACAGUAAAUCAACCAAAAUGAAUUACAACUUGGACCUAAUUGAGGAGUUAGGGGGAAUCAUACCUAAGUGAGUUCCCAAACUGUAAUUAGUAGUUUUAUUUAGUUUAGUUAGUAGAGUAGUUUAGUUAAUCAAUCCUUAAUCUAGUUUGCUAGAUAAUGAACUGAAGCUGAGUAAUAGUAACUCUAGAGACCCGUGGAUUCGAUAUUUACUACUUGUGCCACUAUACUGCAGUCCCUUUCAUUGGUUACACUUGGCCAUUGUUAGGUGUUGUGUUUUAGAGCAUCAAGUUUUUGGCGCCGUUGCCGGGGACUUUCUAGAGUAUUAGGAAAGGCAGAAGUUUGUUACUUUAGCGUUUUUCUUUUCUUUUCUUUUCCACCCUUGCUUUUCACUUGGGUGUUUUUGUUUUUUUUUGUUGGUGCAGAUCUGAAUCAUGGAUCCUAAUGGCUUCUCCAACCAGUGGGGGUAUCCACCACCAUCCGGGUGGUAUUACCCCGCGACCCCCUACAGCAAUCAAGGAGGAGAAGACUAUGGAUUCGGGUUCCAGUACCAACCCCCUUUCUACGGAGAACAACCAGACCCCUGGGCAUAUCAAGAACAAUCUCCUUAUCAAGAAGAAUUCCUCCCACAACAAGAAGGGCCAUCGGAUCUGGAGUUACCCAUGGCGGCCUUCACGGGCCAUUCUGCAGAGCCAUGCUACACUCCACAGCCAGAUCCAAACUAUGAAUUGAGGCUUCUCGUGGAGAAGAUUGCUCGAGUACCUGAGAGAUCUUUUCCCGAGAUGGAUCCUCAUAUCCAGGCCAUUGCCCAAACUGACUUUUCCUUCCCCCGUGAAACAGAGGAUACCAUCCGGAGCAUAAAGGAGCACUUGGAGGUCAUUGAGAAAGCUUGUUCACAGUUUUCUCAAGACAACCUUUAUGCUGCCAUACAAGUAGAGGAGGAGGAAGAAAAAGGCAAUCAUGAGGAUGUUGAGGAGCAUACAGAAGUUGUCACAGAAAGCUCCCAUGAUAAUCAUGAUCAAGUGUAUCCUCUGGUGGUAGAUCAUAACUUUCACCAUUUCCGCUCUGACAUGCUGGGCUCGAGUGAGGAGAUGCAAGCUGAACUCAUCGAGAACCUUGCAUGGAGACUUGCUCUCCAAUUCGUGCUGGAAGAAGAAGAGCAAGAAAGGGUGCAGAAAGAAGUUGUGGAGGAUGACAAAAGUGAAGCAGAAGGAGUUCUUGAUCUUUUCUCAGGGGUGAUACCACAUGAAGAAGAAAGGGGGGUUGAAAAAGCAAUUGGCGUCCAGGCUGAGGAUGAAGUUGAGGUGGAAGAGGCAUGCACCGGCCAUGAGUUGCAAGUAAUAUCCCCACCAAACUUUGAGGAACUGCUUGGCAAGGACCCAUUUGCAGUGUCUCUUUGCCAGACCAAGGCCACAUCGACAUCGGUCCCUCUUGGUGGACGCGAUGGUGGCCAAUCGAUGCUGUCAUAUCUGGUUUGGGGCAAUGAGACGAGAGAAGAGAAGAAGAGGUCUCUAGGGUGGAGACUUCAUCUGCAUCAAGUACAUGAGCCUUCCUCACCUGCCACACCACAUGCUCGUGACUUGAGACUCCACCUCAUCGACGAGAACCUCAACUUCAAGGAGGUUCUAGCAUGGACCGAAACUUAGGAGCCAUCGUCCGGCUCACGACGUGAAAGAAGCGCUUGUUGGGAGGCAACCCAACCAGUCGGUUUGCAUUUCUUUCUCUAUUUCUCCUCGGUUGAGUCAGUUUUGUUAUUUGAUUUUAGAGUCAAUAACUCAACCUUUGUGAGAUUUUGUGUGGUGUUUGUGUUCUGAUUACUCUCUCUUUCUGGGAUGCACCGCCUGACCCGUUCAUCAUCAUUCACCCUUGAUCUGGUAACUUCGUUCUACCCUCCUCAUCAUCUUUCCUCCAUUGAGGACAAUGUCGUGCUUAAGUGUGGGGGGGUGUUCGAUUAUUUAUGCGGGUGAAUGUUUGGUUGUUUGUGUGCUUGGAGCCUAGUCCACUGUCCAAAUUUUGAAAUUUGAGGGCUCCAAGUACGUGUUCCUUGCAAUUGCCUGCUCAGUAUGCUUUGAAUUGACAGUCUUUACAGUAAUAUGCAACCUAGGGAGGUAGUGUAGCACUAUGGAGGAUGUUGAUGCAUUUAAGAAGUCUCAUUGCUUCUUCAUAUUGUGUUGGUUGAUUGAGUGAAUUAGUGAUCUUAGGACCCUUGAAUUGUGUGGUGUUGUGGAUUCUCUACCUGUCAUGGACUCUUGUAUCAUGUUUUGAAAGUAACAGGUGCUCGAAAAUGUGCUUCAAAUAACGUCUCCCGUGCGAAUAGGGCGAAAGUGUGUAAGGGGAGACGGGAAUUCGUUCCCAAUUUCCACCUACUACCUCCAGCCCCCUUACAUGUCUUUCCCCCGCACGAGGCUCGAGACAUCCGCUCCUGGCAUGGCCGGUAAGAGCAGGUUGGGACCCUUGAAAAAGAAAAGAAAAGAAAAAUAUCAGAAAACAAGCAAAACAAAAAAAAAAAAAGGGGUCUCAACCAUCUUCAAGAAGCAGAAAAUAGAGCACCUUGAAAAAUGUGAGUCCAUGAUCUGUUGUUUUUGAGAAUCGCUUCAUCCACAAUUCAUUUGCCCUCUGUUCACUAUUUGCCGUGACGCCGACUCGCCGAAGAAGUUAUGAGAUGACUUGUGCGUUGGUUGACCUCGUAAGCUGCUAAAUGAUCUAGGAAGUCCUCUACCUACGAUCUGGGUUGUUUGUUGCUAUAGAGGUCUGGAGAGUUGCAUUGGUUUGAGUUAGGUUUGCUUGGGGACAAGCAAACGGUUAAGUGUGGGGGAGUUUGAUAACGAUGUAAUUGCACAUGUUUGCGCCCCUAGUUCUUAUCCGUUUGAGGGGCAUAUUCGUGUGUUGUGGCCUAUUUUAUGCUAGGUUGUGUUCCUUUGUCCCAUUUCAGGUCCUAGCACAUAAAGUGAAGCAUAGGCGCAAGUUUCAAGUCAAUCAGAGAUCAAUUGACGAUUCAAGAGAAGAAACUCGGGCAUGACCUGAAGAAGAAUGGAUUUCUACCUCACUUUAUGGACAAAGAAUCAUGCAAGCUUGUUAUGAAACGAAAGAGGACGAGACUACGAGCGUCUGGGAUCAAACGGCGACUGAUUCGGAGUCCGGACGAGGGAGAAACGAAGCAUUAAACAGAGGCUGAGCAAGCUGCACGGGCAGACCAGCGUGGCCACGCAUGGCCGUGCAAGUGACCAGUUUGGCCGUGCGGGAUUGUGCGUGGGCACGCACGGGCACAAGUGAAAUCCGCACGGCCGUGCAACAUACAAUUCUGGCCGUGCGAGUUGGCUGAGGUUCAACUAAUUGAUACGCCGCGUUUUGAGGUGCACGGCCAGAAUGGUGAUGUGCACGGCCGUGCACCCUGGCCGUGCGAGUCGGGAAUGGCUGUUUUUAACUCAAAUUCGAGCCAAAGGAGAGGGAGAGCUGGGUUUUGGAUCCCAAACACCCAAGGGACGAACCCUAGAGAGAGAGAGCGACUUGGGAACAUUCUUGGAGCUAUUUUGGAGGAUUUCUUCGCCAUUGGAGCUCGGGAAUCAAGCUUGGAGAUGGAG